CGUAACCGGGCGGGGGGAGGGGCGGAGCAGGGAGGGGGCCUCAGGGCCCCCCCCCAGCGAUGGACGAGCGGCUGCUGGGGCCGCCCCCUCCAGGCGGGGGCCGGGGGGGCCUGGGACUGGUGGGUGGGGAGCCCGGGGGUCCUGGCGAGCCUCCCGGUGGCGGAGACCCCGGAGGGGGUAACGGGGGGGUCCCGGGAGGCCGAGGGAAGCAAGACAUCGGGGACAUACUGCAGCAGAUAAUGACCAUCACCGACCAGAGCCUGGACGAGGCCCAGGCCAAGAAACACGCCCUAAACUGCCAUCGAAUGAAGCCUGCUCUCUUUAGUGUCCUGUGUGAAAUCAAGGAGAAAACGGGCCUGAGCAUUCGAAGCUCCCAAGAGGAGGAGCCGGUGGACCCACAGCUGAUGCGCUUGGACAACAUGCUUCUGGCAGAGGGUGUGGCUGGGCCUGAAAAGGGUGGGGGCUCCGCGGCUGCAGCUGCAGCGGCUGCAGCCUCUGGGGGCGGCGUGUCCCCUGACAACUCCAUCGAACACUCGGACUAUCGCAGCAAGCUGGCACAGAUCCGCCACAUCUACCACUCAGAGCUGGAGAAGUACGAGCAGGCAUGUAACGAGUUCACCACCCAUGUCAUGAACCUGCUGCGGGAGCAGAGCCGCACGCGGCCUGUGGCCCCCAAAGAGAUGGAGCGAAUGGUGAGCAUCAUCCAUCGAAAGUUCAGCGCCAUCCAGAUGCAGCUAAAGCAGAGCACCUGCGAGGCCGUCAUGAUCCUGCGGUCCCGCUUCCUGGAUGCCAGGCGAAAACGCCGUAACUUUAGCAAACAGGCCACCGAGGUCCUCAACGAGUAUUUCUACUCCCACCUGAGUAACCCGUAUCCUAGUGAGGAGGCAAAGGAGGAACUUGCCAAGAAGUGUGGCAUUACCGUCUCUCAGGUUUCCAAUUGGUUUGGCAACAAGCGGAUCCGGUAUAAGAAAAAUAUUGGAAAGUUCCAAGAGGAAGCAAAUAUCUAUGCUGUCAAGACAGCCGUGUCAGUCGCCCAGGGGGGCCACAGCCGCACCAGCUCCCCGACACCCCCUUCUUCUGCAGGCUCUGGCGGCUCUUUCAACCUCUCAGGAUCCGGAGACAUGUUUCUGGGGAUGCCCGGGCUCAAUGGAGAUUCCUAUUCUGCUUCCCAGGUGGAAUCACUCCGACACUCAAUGGGGCCAGGAGGCUACGGGGAUAACCUCGGGGCGGGCCAGAUGUACAGUCCUCGAGAAAUGAGGGCAAAUGGCAGCUGGCAGGAAGCUGUGACCCCAUCGUCAGUGACAUCCCCAACAGAGGGACCAGGGAGUGUUCACUCCGACACCUCCAACUGAUCUCACCCCUCAGGGUCACAGGGGUGGGGGCUCCCAGAAGGCGACUCUUGAAGAGGACCCAGGCAUCCAGAGGACAAACCCCAAACAGGAGAAGCACAAAACAGGGGCGAAUGGGUCGUCCCUUCUCCAACCAUAGACUCUCAGUGCUGGGGGUGCUGGCUAACAUGGCAGGGAGAACGGGGUCCUGGAUAAGGGGGGAAGGAGUAGAGUCUGUCUCCCCCCCUUCUUUUUUCCCCUUUUUUUGAUUUUUUUAAAAAAUUUCCUUUACUCUCUUACACAGAAAAAAAAACGCACACACCUAUUUCUCAGACCCAUCUUUUCCCACCCAUUUUUUUUCUCAUGCGUGCACACACAUGUAUACACACACACAUGCAAAUACAACUAUUGUUUGUCUCUCUGGGCUCCCCCACUUUCCCUUCCCCGCCCCACUUACAUGCUGUGGAAUCUGGAGAUGUUAGCCCUACCCAACCCAGAGAUGCCAAAAAUGGGGACUGGACUUCGGGACAGAGAACACGGGCCACGCCCCCUGUGUAUCCCCCACCCCCUGGCCCCUCCAGACGGCUUUAUUACCUCAUUCGCAGCUCAUCUUAAACCAAUAGAAUCGCUCGGUGGACAAGAGUGUCUGACUCAGAUAUCUACCUCGGAGGGAGUUUCUGCUACUUUAGGAAAUUGUUGAUUGGGAUUUGGGUUGAACUUUUUUUUUUUUUUUAAGAAA